UGCGUACAAGAACGCCAUUAUUACGCAUGCGUAGAGCUCGAAGUGUGAGGUUUCCUGUUGGUGUCAGCUGAGAAGAGGAGGGGUCCAGAUUUUGAUAUCCAUGGCGGCUGUGGAGAUAAGGCCUAAUAGUGACAGUGGGGGCGCCGCCGGGGAUCAUCACCUCAUUACCGCCUUGCACGGAGAGGGCAAGGCUGAUAUAGAGGAGAUGUCUGAUUUGAACUUGGGAGAGCUUGACCUUACCUCAGAUGAAUUUAUUCUUGAUGAAGUUGACAUUCAUAUCCAAGCCAACCUUGAAGAUGAACUUGUCAAAGAAGCCCUUAAAACAGGAGUUGAUCUCAGGCAAUAUUCCAAGCAAGUAGAAUCAGAGCUGCAGCGCAUUGAGCAGGCUUCUAUCAAAGAUUAUAUCAAAGAGAGUCAGAAUAUUGCUUCCCUGCAUAACCAGAUUACAGCCUGUGACUCUAUUCUUGAGCGAAUGGAACAGAUGCUGAGCUCAUUCCAGAGUGACCUGUCUUCCAUCAGUUCAGAGAUUCAGACACUCCAGGAACAGUCUGUUGCCAUGAAUAUCAAACUCAAGAAUCGUCAGUCUGUACGCAGUGAACUGAGUCAGCUGGUGGAUGAGUUAAUGGUCCCCAGUUCUAUGAUGGCAAUAAUUUUAGACACACCUGUUACUGAGCAAGAAUUUGUAGAGCAGCUUCAUGAACUGGAUAACAAGAUUAACUAUGUGAAAGAGCAGUCCUUCAGAGAAACACUAGCAUGUAAUGAUGUGCAAGAAGUUCUGGAAAAGCUCAAGAUCAAGGCUGUUACCAAGAUUCGUGAGUUCAUCCUGCAGAAAAUCUACUCAUUCAGGAAGCCCAUGACUAACUAUCAAAUCCCACAGAAUGCCCUACUUAAAUAUAGAUUUUUCUAUCAGUUCUUACUGGCCAAUGAGCGUCAUGUAGCCAAAGAGAUCCGUGAUGAAUAUGUUGACAUUAUGUGCAAGAUCUACUUUUCUUACUUCAAAUCAUAUACUGGACGACUCAUGAAAGUUCAAUAUGAAGAAGUAGCUGAUAAAGAUGACUUAAUGGGUGUAGAGGACACUGCCAAGAAAGGUUUCUUUUCCAAACCUUCUCUAAAAAACAGAAACACAAUUUUUACACUAGGCAAUCGAGGAAGCAUAAUCUCCUCCACUGAACUGGAAGCUCCCAUCCUAGUGCCUCAUGCGGCUCAAAAGAGUGAUGCUCGGUAUCCUUUCGAGACACUGUUCCGCAGUCAGCACUAUGCCUUACUGGACAACAGCUGUCGUGAAUACCUCUUUCUAUGUGACUUUUUUAUGGUGACAGGGAAUUCUGCUCAGGAUCUCUUCAACUCCAUCAUGGGGAAAACACUUGCCAUGUUUCUGAAACAUAUUGCCACCUAUGUGUCAGACUGUUAUGAUAGUAUUGCUAUAUUUCUAUGCAUUCACAUUAUUCUGAGAUUCAGAGCUAUCACUGUCAAAAGGAGUAUACCAGCUGUAGACAAAUAUUGGGAGACAGUGUUGGAAAUCCUGUGGCCAAGGUUUGAAUUAAUCCUGGAGCUAAAUAUUCAAAGUAUUCGCAACACCGACCCCCAGAGACUUGGAACACUUGACACCAGGCCACAUUAUAUUACACGGAGGUAUGCAGAGUUUUCAUCUGCAAUUGUUAGUAUCAACCAGACGUUUCCAAGUGAGAAGACUAAUGCACUACUUGGACAGCUGCAGGUGGAGGUAGAAAAUUUUGUCUUGCGCAUGGCUGCCGAGUUUCCAUCUCGAAAGGAGCAGCUCAUCUUCCUCAUUAACAACUAUGAUAUGAUGCUUAGUGUGCUGAUGGAGAGAGCUGCGGAUGAUAGCAAAGAGGUGGAAGGCUUCCAGCAACUGCUGCUGGCAAGGACACAAGAGUUUAUUGAGGAGAUUCUGUCCCCACCAUUUGGAGGAAUGAUUGCUUUUGUGAAAGAAAGUGAGGCUCUAAUAGAAAAAGGUCAGAUGGAAAAACUGAAAAGUGAGGAAGCACGUGCCAGCCACUUGGUGAGAGGCUUUGCUAGUUCGUGGAAACAAUCUGUUGAAAACCUUAGCCAAGAUGUCAUGCGGUCCUUCACUAACUUUAAAAAUGGCACAGGCAUCAUUCAGGGUGCCCUAACACAACUGAUUCAGUACUAUCACCGUUUUCACAAAGUGCUCUCUCAGCCUCCAUUCAAAGGACUGGCAGUGCGUUCUGAACUAAUAAACAUCCAUCAUCUUAUGGUUGAAGUCAAGAAACACAAGCCUAACUUCUGAGUGUGCAUUACAUCCUUGAGAGAGCAACAAUCUUUAAAAUCUGAAUUCGGGGUAAUUUGGGUGGUCUCUGCUGCUGUUCACUGAGUUUUACAAUCCUACACUACAGUUAUUUCUAUGUGAAAGGCAUGAACCCUGCUGCCUACAGGUAAAAACUGCUGUGAAGACAGUCCAUGUAAUCAGUGAAUGAAUUUUCCACUAAAAAAAGUCCUUGGUCUCCGAAGGAUUAAAGAACUACAACAAACAGUAUCUGUAAGCUGAAAGUAAAAACAUAACUCGUUAAGAUUUCUCCAGUUAAAGACCAAAUGUAACUAUUGGGGUCAGGGUAUCUUGUGUGAAAUUGUUUUCAGUUACCCUAAUUCCUGUGACCAGUUGAAAAUAUUUGUUGUUGGUGUAUAUAUUCUAUUUUUCCUUGUAAACAUAUUCACUUGAAUAAACCUUACCUUAAUGUAA